AGAAAAUCAGCAUACGUGUACACGUCAAGUUUGGCUUGCUUCAAUCUCUUUUUGUUUUUUUCGCCUCGUCUCGUUGCCUCCUUCAGCGGGCGCAUCAACCUUCGGUGGUUAAAUCCGCGUAAAGGAAGAAGAAAGAGACAAGAAAGCACUCAAGAACAAAAAGAAGAAGAAAAGAAAAUGUCGGCGCAGCACGAGAUCGUCAAGACGCCGCUGCCCUUUCCAACCCUGCCCAUCUACGUCGCGCCACGGAGCGAGCGUCCGUGGAUCCAGAACCACUGGUGGGUUAUCUUCGUUGUGGAGAUCGUCGUUGUCUUUGUGCUCUUUUGCGCCUUGCUCGUCUACUACCUCUGCUUCGUGCGCACCCCCGGCAAGCGGAUCGCGGAGGACAAGGUUGACAGCGACGGUCUCAGCCACCACGGCAGCACUAUCGGCGAUGACGAGUUAGAUGGAGAUCAGCGCAGUGCGAGCAGCCGCAGCUCCUCGAAGCGGAGCUUUGCCGAUGAGACGGCGACAGGUACGGUCGAGAGUCGCAAGGGGCACGAGAAGAAACGGCGCGACGAGGGGGCGUCGAAGCAGUGUCUCUUUCUCAGGAGGAGGUAG